AUGAUGGUGAUCUCGAUUGAAUUGAAUGCUUGUCUACCUUUCCUAUCUUUCAACUCCACAGUUACAAACACUCUCAACACCAAUUGCUUUCUGCCACCAACCGAGACAAUGCUCGCGAGACCAUCCACAGCCCGUCUUCCCUCCCUCGUCUGCCGCACGUGGGCUCGCCGCCUCUCAGGCGUCGCUCCCACUCGGACGCCGACGACGACGCUGGCCCCACGUCGACUGGACCUGAACCCCACCAAGACCAUCAACCCCUCCAUCCGUCUCAAACUCUUCCCUUCGAGAGCUGCAUCUACACCAUCAUCUUUUGUAUUUACUAGACAAUUGAACACCAUGGCCCCCGUUAAAGAGUUUUCCCUCCUCUGCCUGGAGAACCCUCUCCUCGACAUCCAGGCCGUCGGUGACCAGGCCCUGCUCGACAAGUACGGCCUCAAGGCCAACGAUGCCAUCCUCGCCGAGGAGAAGCACAUCCCUCUCUAUGAGGACCUCCUCAACAACUACGAUGCCAAGCUCAUCGCCGGCGGUGCUGCCCAGAACAGCGCCCGAGGUGCCCAGUACAUCCUCCCUCCCAACAGCGUCGUCUACAUCGGCGGUGCCGGCGACGACAAGUACUCUGCCAUCCUCCACGACGCCGUCAAGGCCGCUGGCCUCCGUGUCGAGUACCGCGUCGACCCCAAGGAGAAGACUGGCCGCUGCGGCGCCAUCAUCACUGGCCACAACCGAAGCCUGUGCACCGACCUCGGUGCUGCCAACCACUACGACGUGGACCACCUGAAGCAGCCCGAGAUUUGGAAGCUCGUCGAGAACGCCGAGGUGUACUACGUCGGUGGCUUCCACUUCACUGUCUGCCCCCCCGCCAUCAUGGAGCUUGCCAAGCAGGCUGCUGAGCACAACAAGAUCUUUGUCCUCUCCCUCUCUGCCCCCUUCAUCCCCCAGUUCUUCAAGGAGGUUGUUGAUGCCAGCGCCCCCUACUGGGACUACAUCAUCGGUAACGAGACCGAGGCCGCUGCUUACGCCGAGUCCCACGGCCUGCCCAGCAAGGAGCCCAAGGACGUCGUCAAGCACCUUGCCAACCUCCCCAAGGAGAACACCAAGCGAAAGCGAGUUGCCAUUGUCACUCAGGGCACUGAUCCUACCCUUGUUGCCAUCCAGGGCGAGGAGGGUAUCAAGGAGUUCCCCGUCCACGCCAUCGAGACCGAGAAGAUCAACGACACCAACGGUGCCGGUGACGCCUUUGCCGGUGGUCUCCUUGCCGGUAUCCUCGAGGGCAAGUCCCUUGAGACCAGCAUCGACCUCGGCCAGUGGCUCGCCCGUCUCAGCAUCCAGGAGCUUGGACCUUCAUACCCCUUCCCCAAGCAGACCUACCAGGGUGCUUAA